CUUAGCCCAGACACUCACUGAGAGUGUUGCAGAUAGGACAUUAGAGCUAUGGAGGUCUUCAUGGAGGCAGCUGCCUACCUUGAGUCACAGCAUAUUCCAGUGGAGGCUGUAGGUGAGCCAAGUCCUGAUCCACUGCAGGAGGAUGUGUUCCCAGAGGAGGAUUUGUUCUCCCCCCACCAGACAGACAGCAUGGACCUGCCCGACACCCCCGUCCUGCGUACCCCUGGAGAGAUGCUGGAUAGGAGGCUCAUGGUGCUGAGAACUAUCCUGGACAGUGAGAAGCUCUUCCUCAACGAGCUGGAGACACUGCUGAUGCCUAUGAAGGCUCUAAAGGCCACAGCAGGGACGUCUCAGCCGGUUCUGUCCAGCCAGCAGGUCCAGAUUGUGUUCUACCAGGUUCCUGAGCUCAGAGACCUGCACAGAGACUUCUACACUGGCAUGAGGGACCGCCUGGGGCACCUGAAGCCACAAGCACACCCAGAGACAGACCAGGGGCCCGGGCCAGGGUCGGAGCAGGGGGAGGCGAAAGAGCAAGGCCAAAGCGGCUACCAGCUAAUGGUUGGAGACCUCUUCCUAAAGAUUUUGAGCCAGCUAGGUGUGUAUCGUGGAUUCAUUGAUAACUAUGAGAGUGCUGUUGAGAUCGUGAGGAGGUGUACUCAGACUGACCAGCGCUUCAGGAUACUGGCCGAGAGUAUGAUGUCUCAUAAUGGAUCAGACGGAUCUAAAACGAAAUACACCUUUGAGGCUCUCCUGUACAAGCCUCUGGAGAGAAUCACCAAGACAACCCUAGUGCUGCAUGACCUGUUGAAACACACUCCCCAGCAGCAUAGUGACCACCCCGUGCUGCACGAGGUUCUGAGACUGUCCCGGAGCUUCCUGUCUGGGGUCAACGAGGGAUCACAGUGCAAACGAGAGGUCACCCUCAGCAGAGGCAUGCGGCGCCAGCUGAUUCGUGACGGCUUCGUGGUGGAUGUGUGUGAGGGGGGGCGUAACCUUCGCCAUCUCUUCCUGUACACUGACCUGCUGCUGUGCACCAAACUCAAGGGCGGUGCCCAAGGUAAGCAGGCCCAGUACAGGUUCUGUUGGUACCUGCCUCUGGCUGGACUGAAACUCCACUGGGGACCAGAGCUGGAGCGCACUACAGACACACACCACCGCAUACACGCCACGAGAGCCAAGAUGUACCUGCUUAGACACGAGCUGCGACAGACAAUGAAGCCUGUCCCACAGAAGUGCUUGGCAGCUCGUACUAUAGAGCGAAGCAGAUGGAAGAAGAUGGAGCAGCUUGAACUGAUGAUUCUGACACACUCUCCUCUCCUCCCGCUGGAACUACACAGCCCCAGCGGAAAGGCACACACACACACACACACACACACACAUCCACACACACACACACACACACACACACACACACACACACACACACACACAGACACAGACACAGACACAGACACAGACACAGACACAGACACAGACUCUCACAAGCAUGUGGGUGUUCUUUUUCAGAGCCACACUUUGGUGAUGUCAUCUUUGUAUGAACUAGAGGAGUGGAGAGAGGCCAUCCACAAACUCACCGGAGAUAACAUAGAAAUGGUUCCUCCAGACCUGCUCACCCUAACCAGCUCCUGUGUCAAACUGAGAAUGACCCAACAGCCUCCCCUUCACAGCAUACUGCCUGGUGAGGAACAGUCUCUAUGUGGGACUCUUAGUGUAGCCGUUCACUCUGCCUGUGGACUACAACAGCCAGCCAGUGUGUAUGUGUGUGUGGAGGUGGAUGGCUUUGAGUUCUAUGAGAGCCAGGCCCAGACCCACUCCUCUGUCAGCAGCCUCAGCCCUCACUGGGAUCAGGAGUUCUCCUUCCAAGUGGAUGGGGCUCAGAACCUCAAGGUGCUGUGUGUGUUGCAGCCAGAGGAAGGAGAGAGCUGUGAGGACCGAGUCCUUUGCAAGACCUCUAUACAGCUGGACCCAGGCCUCCUACAGAAGCGAUGGAGGAGACAGACCCUCUCUCUAGGCCAGGUGGAGGUGACUAUGUCUCUAAAGUACUGCCCUCACCCUCUAGACCCGCCCUGUCUGGUCCCUGCCCAGCAACAGUCCAUCUUCUGCAAGCCCAUUGGAGCUGUGGCACAACAAGAGGGUGUCCUGGUGCCACAUGUGGUGCGUUGCUGUGUGGAGGAGGUGGAGCGGAGAGGACUGGAGGAAGUGGGCAUCUAUAGGCUAUCAGCAGCAACCAGUGACAUCACCAACCUCAAGACUGCUUUCAACACCAGUCUGCGUGAGGCAGUGUCCAGGUUGAGGUGUGUAGAUGUGAAUGCUGUCUCAGGUAUACUGAAGCUCUACUUCAGAGAACUCCCUGAACCUCUCAUACCAACAGAACUGUUCCAGAGCUUCACCAAGGCGUUGGACAUUCCAGAUCUGAGCUCCAGGAGUGUGACCAUGUUGUCUCUGCUCCAGUCCUGUCCCUCCGUCAACCAAAACACCUUUCUGUUCCUCCUCCACCACCUCAAACGAGUGUCAGACAGACAGAAUGUGAACAAGAUGCCUCUGAUGAACCUGGCCACUGUGUUUGGUCCCAGUCUACUGCGCCCCCCUGUGGCUAUUCUGGGACAGUGCAGCCCGACAGUGGACAUCUCUCAGGAGGUGGAAGUGCAGGUCCAGGUUGUGUAUUUCUAUCUGCAGUGUGACAACCUGCCUGAAGCCCAGACAUGCAUAUCACAUGACACAGAGACCACUGAGGAAGAUGAGACCACCAACAUAUGAACCUUAAACUCCUGGAAACAUCACUGUUGGCCAACAGAGACUCAGGAAAAAGAGAGAGAGGGGACAUGUAAUCUACAGACAUUGUAAAGAUGAAUAAAUAUAUUUAUUUGUAAA